CAGCAGGUCGGGCCGGACGGCAAGCCCGUUCCGAAGAAGAAGAAGGCGGGCAGGGCGUGCGCGGCGUGCCAGAAGGCGCACUUGACCUGCGACGACGCUCGACCUUGCGCUCGGUGCAUCAAGAAGGGCUGCCCUGAAGAGUGCGUCGACGGCGCUCGCAAAAAGGCCAAGUACCUGCAGGAGAUCCCCGACGAGCGUGCGUCUCCCUUUCCCCCACCCUCGACUUUCUCCCACCCCCCUCAGCAGCAGCAGCAGCCGGCGCCCGCCGUCGCCGACGCGACCCAGUUCGGCAGCGAGGCGGCCGGGUACGAGUACGCCAUCCUCAACGCCAUGCUCAACGGCAACGGCUUCGCCCUCGACACGCACACGACGCCGGCGCUGUCUGGUCGCCAGCCCGACCCGAUGCUGCUCGACGGCGGCGACAACGCGCAGCAGCAGCGGCAGCAGCAGCAGCAGGCGCCGCAGCAGGGCCCGUCUCGUGCCGCAUUCAGCUCGAGCCCGCAACCGGGCGGGCUCCUGACGGCCGAGGAGGCGUACCGCAGCGUCACCAAGCCGUACCCGUACGCGCAAAGCUACCACUUCCUCGUCAAGCACCUCAAGGAGCGGUUCGAGAAGAACGACAUCUUGCGCAUCAUCCGCGCGCUCGCCACCUUCCGGCCAAGCCUGAUCGCGCUCCAGAUGCCGCUCACCGAGGAGGACGAGACGUUCGUCGAGCGCACCUUCCAGCGCACGCUCGUCGAGCUCAACAAGCUCAUCUCGUUCUCGGGCACGCCGACCGUCGUGUGGCGCCGCACGGGCGAGAUCUGCCUCGUCGGGACAGAGUUCUGCCUCUUGACCGGGUGGAAGCGCGAGGACCUUGUCGGCAAGAAGUACAUCUUCGAGCUGUUCGACACGGCGUCCGUCGUCGAGUACUACGAGUCGUUCGCCAAGCACGCGUUCGAGUCGACGGCGACCUCGAUCACGAUGCAGUGCGUCGUCCUCGCGCCCGACGGCCGCCCGGUCCCGUGCGCGUUCUGCUUCUCGGUCCGCAGGGACCUCUUCUCGUGCCCUUUCCUCGUCAUCGGGUCGUUCCUCCCCGUCCUUGUCUGA